GGAAGGGGAAGGGAGAUGGCAGAAAGAAGAGCAUGAGAGUGGAGCACUCAUACUUGCGGCAAGUGCUCGCCAGUCGAGACAAGAUCGGGUGGAGGAGCUACAUCGGAUAGCGGAGAGGCGACCGCGGACCGUGCUGCUGCUGCUGCUGUCGUUGUCGUUGUUUCUGCUCGCCAGCCCAGUCGUAUUUAUUUGCUGUCUCCUCUCUCUCUGUUCCUUCUUCCUUCUUCGGGUCGUGCGAGCGCUCUGCAAAUCGAGUUCGCACGCUGUCAGGAGCCUGGACUGUGGGCCGGGGGAGUCGUCGAGGAAGAACGGUGCGGGAAUCGGAUUUCCACGUUGGCAAUUGGUCUCAAUCUCGUCGAUCGUCGUGAAGGAGGAGCGAGCGAGCGGAGGAUUAAGGGCGGACACCAGAGGAAAGGACAGUGACGGGAAGGCAAGGAAAAUUUAGGAUUCAGAGAGUAGGUGGGAAGAGGACGGAUUCGGUCGGGGUCGCGGUCGAGGGCCUGAGAGAGGUUCCAGGUGACAGGUAGGUAUUAGCUGAAGGUUGUAGACUUGGAGCAUUGUGCUGGUUGAAGGAUUGGUUGUGGAUCAGGGUGCCGGGAAGCUCGGAAACAAGACUGAAAGAAGUGAGAUCUUAGGUGUCGAGGGCACACCAGGCAAUGGUUUCUACUCGCCGUGGCGCUGCAAAGCGUCCGGCGACCUCCAGCUCUGCGGGAACACCUGCGCCAUCAAACAAGCGGCGCAAAGCGGCUGCAGCGGGUUCUGAACAGGCUGAUGCAGAAGCCCCCUCCACUGCCGCAGAGCCGGCGGCAGUGACGUCUCCGCCAGAGAAUGUCGCCAACUCUCCUCCUGCAGAGCCUUCAACCACAUCGCCCGCCGAUAUCGAUAACAACGAAGUCCAGACACCUCCCCCUGCCAUUUGUGCAGAAUCGGUGUAUGACCCAAUCAAAGGGAAAGGAACACUGGCCGUGCUUCUGAAAAUACAAAAGCAGGCAAUUUCAUCAAUGCAACCGUGGGGCAAGCUUAUAUCUCAGUAUUCACAGCACCCUCACGUUCCUCUUACCGGCUGUACGUUCACAAUUGGGCGCAGCAGAAGUUGCAUGUUGCAACUCAAAGAUCAAAGCAUCAGUGCAACUCUCUGCAGACUCAAAUAUUCUCAGCACGACGGAGGAGCUGUCAGCGUUCUUCUGGAAAGUACAGGGAGCAAUGGCGUAGUGCAGGUCAAUGGGAAAACCCUGAAGAAGAAUACCAUCAUUACUUUAAAAGGUGGUGAUGAGCUGGUCUUCGUUUCUGCCAAACACUACUCAUUCAUUUUCCAGCAAUGUCCAACAGUUCAACAAACAGCUGCUUCAUCUGCUCUUCAAACUGCAGCUGCGGCCUACACGGACAGAUGCAAUGCCCGAGCUAUCGCCGCCGCUGCCGAUGCGAUCUUUCCUGACGACACUGCUAUUUCUAACAUGGCUCUAUCCGUGGGUAUGAGGCAGAAGUCUCCCAGUGUACUUGCACUAUCUGACAUACCGGGCUCGGCUGAAGAAGCCGAAGGUCGCGGUCCGAAUGCUGCCGCUUCUCCUUUAAUGCCCGAUGCCUCUGAUGUUCUUAUGUUGGAUUCUAACACAAGCGGGAAGCCGUCACAAAACCAACCGACGAGGGGGGGUUGUAGGUUUUACUCUUCCCUGGCUUCGGGUAAAGUGGGGCCUAGUAGUUCAGUAGAAAUAGUGGUUCGGGAGAGUUCCACUGAAGUGGACAUGUCAGUACCCGCAGAUCACCUCACAGAAGCCCAAGAUUUUGCCGCAGAAAAGGCUGGAUUUUGUCCUCUGGGAGAACCUGUCCAUCCUGCUAUUGUGUCAGUUGUUGCUUGCAAUGGGGGAGGUGCAGAUGGAUUACCUCCCGGUGGUGCUAGUGACAAGAAAGAAACAGACAAGGACUUUGAUGCAGCUUUAGCUGCUGCGAUUGCAGGGAAACGCCAAGCUUUGAAAGACGAGUUUUUGAGAGGAAUCGUUGAGGGUCGCGAUACUGAAGUGUCUUUUGAAGAGUUUCCCUACUACUUGAGUGAAAGUACGAAGUCACUUCUAGUCACAUCAACGUUUGUCCAUUUGAAGCGGUCUAAUUACGCGAAGUAUGCCGCAGAGCUGCCAGCUAUAAGUCCUCGAAUUCUGCUGACAGGCCCCUCAGGAUCAGAGAUCUAUCAAGAAACUUUGGUUAAAGCUCUUGCUUAUCACUACGAGGCGAAGUUGCUCAUCUUCGAUAGCAGCUCGAUGCCCAAUGAGGCUCAAACAGAGAAUGCUGUGUCAAAACGACUUCCCGCGGAGGCUUUGAAGCUUCAAGACAAGACUUUAGAUGGGAACGAUGAUCUGAGCUGGUUACCCACGGCUGUGGAGAUACAAGCUGACAGUUUCCCUGAAGAUCUUCCACCCAACGACUAUCUAGAGUCCAGGGCAUCGCCCGUGAAAGGUGUACCUUCCUUAGCGGUGCCUGGGGAUGCGUCAGAUUGCACUCGAUCUGCCAGCGCUGCUCCUCAACAGGCGUCUCUGUUGCAGCCAACAGGCACUCCGGGAGGUUCAGCAUCCACGUCAGUUAAGCGUUUACUAAAGAAAGGUGAUCGUGUGAAAUUCAUCGGUCCUUCGAAUGCAUCUGGAGCUCUAGCUUCAUCUCUUCACGGAUACUUUUGCAGCUUACAAGGGUUGGAUGUUUCAAAAAAGAUGGAUCCGACAUCUUUGAGAGGUCCGUUUGUGGGCUGUCGAGGGAAAGUGGUUUUGGUAUUCGAGGAAAACCCGCGAAAGGUCGGUGUGAGAUUUGACAAGCCUAUACCUGGGGGCAACAACUUGGGUAACUUGUGUGAGGACAAUCAUGGGUUUUUCUGUAAUGUUGCUGAUUUACGAUUAGAAGGUGCACCUGGAGAAGAUACUGAGAAACUUAUGAUUGAUGCACUAUUUGAGGUUUUAUCGUCAGAGAGUAAGAAAAGUCCUUUUAUACUUUUCAUAAGAGAGGUCGAGAAGUCUAUUCUCGGAAAUUUUGAGCGUUAUGCAGCGGUGAAGAAGAAGUUGGAAAAGCUGGAGGGUAGUGUGGUCGUUAUUGGCUCUCAUUCCGUGUCAGACAGUAGAAAGGAAAAGUCUCACCCUAGUGGGCUGGUAUUGCCGAAAUUUGGGAGUAAUCAUACUGCAUUGUUGGACCUUUCCUUCCUGGACAAUUUUCCGCGAAUAGAUGAACGAAGUAAGGAAACUCCGAAGGCAUCUAAAAUGCUGACGAAGUUGUUUCCUAGUAAAGUGAACAUUCAGCCGCCACAGGAUGAGGUUGUGCUUGCGGAAUGGAAGCGUCAAUUGGAGAGAGACCUUGAGACACUAAAAGCGAAAUCGAAUAGGCUCCAUAUUCGCUGUGUGCUUUCUCGAAGCAACUUGGAAUGCGAUGAGUUGGAAUCCGUCGCCAUUAAGGAUCAGUCGUUGACAUCAGAAUCUGCUGAGCGAAUAGUAGGGUGGGCAGUUAGCCAUCAACUAAUGACCGUCCCGGAGCCGACAUUGAAGAACGAGAAGCUUUUGUUGUCUUCAGACAGUAUGUUACAUGGAUUGGGAAUAUUGCGUGGAAUCCAGCACGAAUCUUCUGGCUUGAAGAAGUCUCUCAAGGAUGUUGUCACGGACAAUGAAUUCGAAAAGCGCCUACUGGGAGAGGUGAUUCCACCAAGUGAAAUUGGAGUUACGUUCGAUGACAUUGGAGCUUUGGAGUCAGUGAAAGAGACGUUGAAGGAACUUGUCAUGCUUCCUCUACAAAGACCGGAACUGUUCUGCAAGGGACAACUCACAAAGCCCUGUAAAGGUAUUUUGCUUUUUGGUCCACCGGGGACUGGGAAGACAAUGCUAGCGAAGGCAGUUGCGACAGAAGCGGGUGCCAAUUUCAUAAACAUAUCAAUGUCCAGCAUUGCGUCCAAGUGGUUUGGUGAGGGAGAGAAGUAUGUGAAAGCUGUGUUCACAUUGGCCAGCAAAAUUUCCCCCAGUGUUGUCUUUGUAGAUGAGGUUGAUAGUAUGUUAGGGCGUAGGGAGAAACCUGGAGAGCACGAAGCUAUGAGGAAGAUAAAGAACGAAUUCAUGGCGAAUUGGGAUGGAUUGAGAACUAAGGACAGGGAACGGGUUCUCGUUUUAGCAGCCACCAAUCGUCCGUUCGAUUUAGACGAGGCGGUUGUUCGUAGGCUGCCAAGGAGGUUGAUGGUGAAUCUACCAGACGGAGCCAACAGGGUGAAGAUCUUGAAGGUUAUCCUGGCGAAGGAAGAGUUGUCCGUUGAAGUGGAUCUCGACGAACUAGCUGGAUUGACUGACGGUUAUUCAGGCAGCGACUUGAAGAACUUAUGCGUGGCAGCAGCCUAUCGGCCAAUACGGGAGAUACUUGAGAACGAGAGAAAGGAGAGAGAAGUUGCCAAGGCAGAAGGCAGAGCUCUUCCUGCCCUAACUGGCAGCGAUGGCGUCCCUCCGACGAUCCGUGCUCUCAAUAUGGAUGAUCUGCGUCAAGCAUGCGAGCAGGUCUGUGCAAGUGUCUCAGCGGAUGCCGCAAGUAUGACAGAGUUGUUACAGUGGAACGAGCUCUAUGGGGAAGGAGGCUCUCGGAGGAAAGCAGUGCUGAGUUAUUUUAUGUAGUUGUCACUGUUUGGAAAACAUCUGAGAGUGUUCUUAUUGACUCUUCCAUCUCGACUGGAUGUCCCUCGGGGGUGACGACUGUGACAGCUCACAGUCGUCGGGCCACAGCAGGCAAUUGGGUAUCCUGAGUACAUUUCAUUGCGACUCCUAAACAAGAGAGCUCCAGCUGGAUAUCAAUCAGCGUCCACUGAUACCACGCUGUUUGUGAGAUGAUAGCUCUCGGCACAGGAGACACAUGUCACACUGCCGUCAGCGAUUCCUGAACUGGAGGAGACGCAGAGUUCGGUUUUGUAGGACUUAAAAUAUGACCCAAAGCGUAUUUGUAGCAAUGCCACCAACAAUAGAGAACUUCUAGUUCAGUCGAGAUCUCCAGCCUAGCAGCAGGCAGGUCAUUCUUGCACAGACUCCAGCUGAGGAGUUAAGUUGACGUUGGAAAUUGGAUUAUUAGAUUUGGGUUUGUGUAUAGGGGUGGACUAGGUCCCCAUGACAUGAAGCAGGCUUACUUACCGCUUGUGAUUAGAGCCUCUGGCUGGCGGCUAGGAGAAGCUGUAGGUGACCCUGUGGAAGGAUUACUAAACACAACAAACGUAAGCAUCAGAAGACUAGCUGGAUUAUAGUGGGUAUAGUUCCCUCUGAUACAUUAGCUAAUGUUUUUGCCCUACUUUCGAGAGCCGCCGCUCGAUUUCGUGACUAGGCUCAUCCUUUGAGUUGCGAUGUCUCACUUGACUCGACUCAGCUUAGCUUAGUUCGACGCGACUCGUCUGGACUUGAUUCUGGUAUCUAACAGGAUAACUAGGAUACAACAUACUCUGUAUGUCCAGUCUGAGGAAGGCUCUCCAAAAUUCGGAAGGCCUUAGAUGUUGCGUUACAUAGGACAGUUGUUUAGAACUUGUAGAUACCUGGAAGUGCGCUAUUUAUGUAAUUAGUCAAUUCAUCGACUGUAGUCGAAGUGAAAAGGCCUUCUCUCCAUGCGAGUCAAAGAUUAUGAAUUAUUUACUUCCGGGACUGUCACAGGAGUGUGUGAGAAAACUGCACUGUAAUAUCGUACGCAGUGUUCACCUCGGGUCUCUGGCAUGUCAGAAAGUUUUCGCACAGAUCCACGGCAAGUUUCGUGUAUUUUGGUAAACUUUUAUCUUAAUUAUGAUGUGAGAUCUCCAUUUACCAACACUACGGCUUCAACUCCUCGCAGUGCAAUAUGAGCACU